GGGCCGCCCGCUGCUGAAGCGCAGCAGCAGUACAGUGCGCUAUCCGGCGCAGUGAGUCAGCUGAGCUGCCGGUAUCGAAGGCGCACGGAGAGAGACAGGGAGAGAGAAAGGAGUCUUUGCAAGAUCUGGAGACACAGAAAGGCCGAUGUGCAACUUUGGAGAGUCUGACAUGGAAAUACUGGAGUGAUCGGAGCAAGCUUGUUGACGCAUAAUCCCGCCCGCCCCGCUGGCACUUGCGCAGGCACAGGGAGGGGGGCAAAUCAAGCCUCACACAAACUCAAAUCCUCCAAGAGAGACUCGCGGAUUGCGCUGCUGCGGAUUCAACCACCUCCAUGCAGGAAGACACAACAUUUUUUAGGAUUUCUUUGACGCACUGUGGUGAUGAUGUGCAUCUUUUCCGUGCAGAUAAAUGAUCUAAAGCAGAAGACGUAAUGCGCUUUAAUAAUUAGGCUUUAAAUCCACUGUUGGAUUCGGCACAGUCGCUGCGUCGCGGUCGGUGCGCGCUGUUGGAUGCGCCCUGAGGUGUGGACAAGACCUGCCCGUGAAUCAUCAUCAUCAUCAUCGACAUCAUCGACAUCACAGGCAUUUGAUCGCGAUUGUGUUUAAUACACGGGGAGAUCUGGAGCCAUGACAGGCCCCCCGCUGGUCCCAGCACUGCCCGCCACCUGCUGACGGUACCGGGCAGGAUGGGAGCAGGUCUGCCGCGUUCAGGAUCCCGAACCAGCCGAUUUAUCAAUGGAGGAGGAGAGUGACACCCGGAAAAUCAACAACAGCUUCCUGCGCGACCACAACUAUGCAACCGAAGCUGACAUUAUCUCAACGGUGGAGUUUAACUCAUCGGGAGAGCUGUUGGCCACCGGGGAUAAAGGAGGCAGAGUUGUCGUCUUCCAGAGGGAGCAGGAGAGUAAGAGCCAGCCCCAGCGCAGAGGGGAGUACAAUGUUUACAGCACAUUCCAGAGCCACGAGCCGGAGUUUGACUACCUGAAGAGUUUGGAGAUCGAGGAGAAGAUCAACAAGAUCAAAUGGCUUCCUCAGCAGAAUGCCGCCUACUUCCUACUCUCCACCAAUGACAAGACUGUGAAGCUGUGGAAGAUCAGUGAGAGGGACAAGCGUCCGGAGGGCUACAACCUGAAGGAUGAAGACGGACGGAUCCGAAACCCGUCAACCAUCACCUCGCUACGGGUGCCGGUGCUGCAGCCCAUGGACCUGAUGGUUGAGGCUACAGCCAGGCGUGUGUUCAGCAAUGCCCACACCUACCACAUCAACUCCAUCUCCGUCAACUCCGACCUUCAGACGUUCAUUUCCACUGACGACCUCAGGGUGAACCUGUGGAACCUGGAGAUCACUGAUCGCAGCUUCAACAUUGUGGACAUCAAACCAGCCAACAUGGAGGAGCUGACGGAGGUGAUCACCUCAGCAGAGUUUCAUCCCCAGCACUGUCACUCCUUCGCCUACAGCAGCAGCAAGGGCUCAAUACGCCUCUGUGACAUGAGACAGGCUGCACUCUGCGACAAGCACUGCAAAUACUUUGAGGAGCCGGAGGAUCCCUCCACUCGCUCCUUUUUCUCUGAAAUCAUCUCGUCCAUCUCGGACGUGAAGUUCAGCCACAACGGGCGCUAUCUGAUGACAAGGGACUACCUCACUGUCAAGGUGUGGGACCUUCAGAUGGAGAACAAGCCACUGGAGACGUACCAGGUUCACGACUAUUUACGGGGCAAACUUUGUUCUCUGUAUGAGAAUGACUGCAUCUUUGACAAGUUUGAGUGUGUCUGGAAUGGAUCAGACAGUGUCAUAAUGACGGGAUCCUACAACAAUUUCUUUAGAAUGUUUGACCGGAACACCAAACGUGAUGUCACACUGGAAGCGUCCAGAGAAAACAGCAAACCCAGAGCCAUUCUCAAGCCUCGCAAGGUGUGUGUGGGUGGAAAACGACGUAAGGAUGAGAUCAGCGUAGACAGCUUAGACUUCAGCAAGAAGAUCCUUCACACCACGUGGCACCCUCACGAGAACAUCAUCGCUGUAGCCGCCACCAACAACCUCUACAUUUUCCAAGACAAGGUGAACUAAAGGGUGACCUGCCCCUCUGACCCCUGGCCGCCUCACACGUGAGGAGGGGGGCUGCGGGGAGAGGUAGGGCUGGAGAAGGAGAAAGAGACAAACCCCUUCUCUACAUCCUUCUCCUCCUCUCCCUAUACGUCUUGUUGCUGCUGGACUUGAAUUUUUUGCCACCCAGCUGAGGAAGUGCAGAAUUGAGUAUCCAGUGAGAAAGUGGACAGAAUGGAUUUGGGGAAGUGGAAAAAUUGAUACGACCUGGAUACAACAAGUGGAAAAAGAUUCCUUGAAACCGAGAAUGGACUUUUCAUUCUUUAAACUGACCUGUAAUUUUAUUUAUUUAGCCAUGCGGACACCCGGGGGAGUGAAUCCUGUGUAUUUAUGCAACAAGAGGAUUGCUGCAUGAAUAACAUGACGUAGCAGCCCUCUGGACCCUGGAGAAAGGGGCCGAUGUGGGCACACACAACGUAAAAUAGAGCACACGGACAGAAACCAAGCUUACAUGAUGGUGGAUAACUCUCAUGUAGCAACAGUGCCCCCUCUCUUUCAGUCUGCUCAUGCUGCAGUGCAUGUGCAAGGUGUCGGACAGUGCAACCCGCUGCAGUUCCUACAGAUGAGGAAGAGACUGACUUUUUCUCUGCCUGUGACACAACACAGUCUUUCUAGCACCGAUUCUGUGUCUCCCUGCUGAGACUGCUGUAGUGUAAUGUGAAUGAAGCCCUUCCAGGCUGUGUCAAUCGUUUUAUUUAAUGCUGUUGUUUUAUUUCGAGUCCUUUUCUCGGUCUGUGAGUCUGUUUAGAAGCUGUGGUGCCUUCUUUUGGUAUGUGGGGGUUUCGAUGUCGUGGGCACGGGAGGGGGAGGGAGGGGAGGGGACUGAGUACAAGGCAGGAGUGUGAAUGUUUCAAAUGAAACGUUAACCUUAGAAAUGUUUCUUUUGUUUUUUUUCUUUUCUUUUCUCUCGUACUAUCUCUCUUUAUGAACAAAAAUGAAAAAAAAAAAGCUCCACUGAGGUCCCAAAUGGAAAAAAGUGCUUGACCGGCUUUAUGCUUGUGAGUUUAUGGGGGGAUGCUGUGAUGUGUACAAAGUAAUUGUUGCUCUCACCACACAGCCGACAGUCAGAUGUCAGAUGUCAUCAGUUUGCAAGAGACAUGACAAAAGCCAAAAUUAAACAGUUCUGCAAAAUUCCUGCUUCAAAAAGAGAAAACAGUUACUCAUCUAGUUUAUUUUGAUGUUGCAUAAAAUGAUCUGUAGAUGGUAAAACUGUAAACUUCUCUCGUUAAAAUAUUAUUGAAGGUUAACUUGAGAUUUCUUGGCAUAACAUAAUGUUGUAGGCCAACUCUUGAUCUUGUUUUUGCAUGUGUUACAUCUGAAUCUGAUGACGCUGACAGCCUGCGUUUAGAUAUUAGAACAUCUACAGAUCAUCUGAAGCACUAUCAAUAUAUUCCUCGCUUUCUCAAGCCAAUUAAGUUUGCGGCCUUGCUUGUCCACGAAGAUGUGUAACGUGAAACAGCAGCAGGUCGUGUUACAGCACUCGGCUCCUCUGAUCAGCUUGGAUGUCCUCACUUGUCUCAAAUUUUGUUUUACGAGCCAGAUCCCAUCGAAGGAAAGCAGUCAAAGGUCUAACUGAACUCUGUGAAAUCAGGGAAUUAUUAAGUGUGAUUCCUUUAAACAGUGAUGUCGUCUAGACAACCUCCUUUGUGACACUUCUAAUUGAAACAAAAAAAACUUUUAUAGCUCAGAAUGUAUUGAAAUGCAAUUAAUUACCAUGCAGUCUUUAUGCUUACUGGACUUUCUUUGAAUAAAAAAGAAUAAAGAUG